AUGGGGCCUAAAGCUGGGGGACAAAGCUUGGGUUAUGGUUUUGUGAACUACAUUGACCCCAAGGAUGCUGAGAAGGCGAUCAAUACCCUGAAUGGACUAAGGCUUCAGACCAAAACCAUUAAAGUGUCCUAUGCUCGCCCAAGUUCAGCUUCCAUUCGAGAUGCAAACCUGUAUGUCAGUGGACUUCCAAAAACAAUGACCCAAAAAGAAUUGGAGCAGUUGUUUUCUCAAUAUGGCCGCAUUAUUACAUCCCGCAUUUUAGUUGACCAAGUAACUGGUGUAUCAAGGGGAGUUGGCUUUAUUCGGUUUGACAAAAGAAUUGAGGCCGAGGAAGCUAUUAAAGGCCUAAAUGGACAGAAGCCUCCAGGAGCUACUGAACCUAUAACAGUCAAGUUUGCCAACAAUCCAAGCCAAAAAGUGAACCACACCAUUCUGUCACAAUUAUACCAGUCUCCAAAUCGAAGAUACCCAGGACCACUUGCUCAGCAAGCUCAGCGAUUUAGGUUGGACAAUCUGCUCAAUAUGGCUUAUGGAGGAGUAAAGAGGUUUUCGCCUAUGACCAUUGAUGGUAUGACAAGUUUGGCUGGAAUAAACUUUCCUGGGCAUGCUGGCACUGGAUGGUGUAUAUUUGUAUACAACCUGGCACCCGACGCAGAUGAAAGUAUUCUGUGGCAGAUGUUUGGCCCUUUUGGAGCGGUCACCAAUGUUAAGGUCAUCCGUGACUUCAACACAAACAAGUGCAAAGGCUUUGGGUUUGUGACUAUGACAAACUAUGAUGAGGCAGCAAUGGCUAUUGCCAGCCUUAACGGGUACCGCUUGGGUGACAGAGUUUUGCAGGUGUCUUUCAAAACAAGUAAAACGCACAAAGCUUAAGAAGGUAACCUCACUCCUGAUGACACACAAAUGUCAAAAGCAAGUUUAGAAACUUUACACUUUGAUAACAGCUCUUAUAAGCAGUGUGUGUGUGUGGGAAUGGGGUGAGGUAAGUCAAAGCGUGGUUUGGUAACUUUAGGACAUGUAUUUGUUAUUGGUCUUUGAAUAUCUUAUUUUUUAUGUUUGAAUAUGGACGCUAGGUAACAGGGUUUUUUACCUGUCUCAUUGCAUUCUAAAGCCUUGAGGUUAUGAAGUCUUUUAAAAUGUUUCUGCAAUGAGAAGAAAGUACAUGUUUUGUUUUAUUCUGCCUUUAGGUGUAUGUUAGAGAAGGUGUUUGUUUUUGUUUUUUUAUGUACGCCUUUAAUGCUAUUCAUUUGUUUAUGAACUUUAUUUUAGAUUUGGUUUGGGUUUGUUUUAUUUUUAAGAAACAAACCUAUAUUUAUGUUGUAACUUAUGUUUAGAGGCAAGAGCAGCCUCAGUUAUAACGCCUAUUGUAAGAUUACUGGAGACUUUUCAUAAAGUAGUACCUUGCCAAAGAGAUAAGAACCUCUUUGAUGUGGGUUUCAAAUGACAAAAAAGCAUCUAUUUUUAUAAAAAAUGAAAAUAAAAAAAUUUGAACAAACUUUUUACUGGUCCUGGAACAAACUAUUUUGACUUGAAUACUUUGCAAAAUCUACUUCAUAUGACAACCUUGUGAGCUUUUAAAACUUACCAGGAUGUUUGUGUGAUCAUUAUUUUUGGAAGAAAGGGAUACUAAAGAUGGGAGAGAAUGAAAGUUACUAAUAGAAAAGAUGAGAUUUUCAUUUAAUUCCUUUGGGUUUUUGUUAAUGUAUUUGUAUGAAAUUAGCAGGACUGGGUGUUUUAUUCAGUCUCUGUCCUGGUUAUCCUGAAAUUGCUCACAUUAAUUUCUCAUUUUAAGACAAAAUGAGACAAA